UCCCCUUCUCCCCACGGGCAGCACUAUCUGUGCCCCGCCAGCCCAUAGUUGGACGUCGGGCACCAUCGCUCCAGGAAGUGCUGCCUGGUGGUUCGGCGUGGACCUUGCUGCCCCCUGGUGGCAGGGCCAUGGCACUCUUUGCUGCCUCGUGGGUCUGGCUACUCCACACAGCCAUGUGCCUUGCCAACAGCCAGAACCCCAGCUACAGCACGGUGGUCAAGAAGGAGAUCAGCAUGGAGGGAGACCUGGUCAUAGGGGGGCUCUUUCCAGUCCACGAGAAAGGCAGGGCCAGCGAGGACUGCGGCAAGAUCAAUGAGCACCGGGGAAUCCAGCGCCUUGAGGCCAUGCUCUUUGCCCUGGAUGAAAUCAACAAGGACCCCACCAUCCUGCCAGGGGUCACACUUGGGGCCCACAUCCUGGAUACCUGCUCCAAGGACACCUAUGCCCUGGAGCAGUCCCUGGAUUUUGUCCGUGCCUCCCUGACCAGAGCGGACGGCUCAGAGCACAUUUGUCCUGAUGGCUCCUAUGCCAUCCAUGAUGACGUACCGACAGCAAUCACUGGGGUCAUCGGGGGCUCCUACAGUGAUGUCUCCAUCCAGGUACCAUUAGUACAGAGGGGACCUUGGGCAUGGGGCAGCCAGGGGGUACAGAGCCCUGGACACCGGCACUAGCAAAUAAGCUAUAGAAUCAGUCUUCUGUGACAGGGCUGAUCCCAGUUUCUACUGGCAGAAAAGAAAAGUCAUUACAGUUUGACAGUGGAGGGGUAGGCUAUAGUAUGUGAAAUGAAUUGAAUGGGUCUUAGCCCAGAUCACAGCCAAGACAGCACAAAGCCUUCAGCAGAGUGAUGAAGGACUAGACAGCCCACAGAGAUCUGCCCAUCUGCCUUCCCACUCCUACUGGGUUAUUCAAGGUCAGGUUUGGAGUAUGGGGGGUGCGGGUCUUGCCCUGUUGCUGUGUAUUCUGUAUCUCUUCUCUGUAUAGUCCCUAGGGCUGUCA